AUGGCGAGAUGGCAGACGCUGAAGAUACCAUCAGUCAUGCUUGAGUGUACACUAGUCCAUUGCGGUUUUAUCCAAUAUGCAGCCUUUUCUUGUAUUCUUCCAAAUUUUGCCAAAUUCUUUGACGUUCCACUUAAGAAGGUGUUGUACGUCAUGGAGCUGCUACAGGAUCAGGAAAAAGGCUGUGCCAGCUUCACUGCAGUUUCAGAGUUUCUGCUUACACACCCUGUGCUCAGCUUUGGCGUACAGGAUGUCGCCCGCGCCCGACUGCGCCACACUGAGGUCCUUCCCCCUGAUGAGGAAAGCGAAAGCAUGACGACAGAAGGAAACCAGGGACCUUCCGAGUCCAAAUCAGGAAUCCAGAUUAAGCUCUACUGUGUGCAUACAAAAUCACUACAGGAUGUGCAGAUCUGGUUCCAGCCCAAUCAGGGGGCCUCAUCCUCCCUCUUCAUGUCUCAGUCUGGGUCACAGGAUGGCUUUGGUUUUUCUGACCCACUGGCUGAUCUGAACGUGGAGGCAAUGAGCUCUGAUAAGGAGUCUGGUGAUAGUGGAUCACAGAAUGACCUGAGUAAGAUUCUGGCGCUUCCAAUUCCAGCUGACUUCAUGAGUCCAGCCCCAUCAGCCUUGCCCAAACUCAUGACCCCAGAUGCCUUCAUGACACCCAGCACCUCCAUGCCCGCUUCUCCUGGCAGCAGUGCAAGCAGCCUGACCAUAGUAACGGCCAUGAGCAGCUCGGAUAGCGGUGCAAGAGGCGGAGAUGAUCUGGCCCAGAGCCCUAAAAUGUCUGUCGAAUGUGGCAACAGCAGCUUGACUCUGAGUGCCAGCGCAGGCAGUCCAAGAUCCAACUCUAUCCUCAUCUCAGGCCUUGGGGAAAAUAUCCAGGUUUCCCCUCCAAACCUUCCUCUCUCCCUGGAUCUCCAGGCCAUAGACCCCAUGGUUGUCCCCCAGGCCUCUCCGACCAGAGCUCGCUCUCCAGAUGUCAUCUCCUCUGCUUCUACGGCAAUGUCCCAGGACAUCCCUGAGAUCGCCUCAGAGACCCUGCAGAGGGGGCUGGCCGGUUCCUCUGCUGACUCAGUCCCUGUCCUGCAUUCUGACAGCAUGGCAUCAGUCGCAUCAGUCCUCCACCUGUUGUCUCCUAGAGCCCGGAGCAGUGCUGAGCACAGUUUGCUGCCUCUCGAAUUCGGUGCAGCAUCUGUGGAUGGAGAACAGAGACUCAAUAACACACCCUCCCUGCUGGAGACGGCUCUGUCACAGGAGAACGCAGUAGCGGCUGGAGGAUCCUGUUCUGACAGCAGCGUGAACCACACCUGGCCCGCAGCACCUGAUAUCACACGAGAAACUCGCAACAGCCACAGAGACAAUGGUUUGGGAGACUGCUCUAGGGAGGAAAUAAAGGACAGACACAUUUCUUCUCCCUACCACAGGCGCACUUAUCACCUGACUCAGAAUGACAGUCAAGAUGCAAGUGCAGAGCAGAGUGAUCAUGAUGAUGAGGUUGCCAGUCUGGCCUCUUCCUCGGGGAACUGUGACCCUCGCUCCUCUCACAGACUUCCCGUAAAGGACUGGAAAACAUCUCCCCGCAGCUCCCCUAAGCUCAAGAGGAAGAGCAAGAAGGAUGAAGGAGAGUCCUCACAGUCUAGACAGAUUGAGAACCAGAUGAGCACAGAGGUGCAGGAUGAGCUUCUGCAGAUGUUACGAAGCCAGCAAAGGGAGAUCGCGGAGCUGAGACAGAACCAGCUGGACCUUCUGCAGAGAGUCACCAGUCACAUGGACGCUGUACAGAGCUCCAUCAUGGCUCACAUUGAGCAUGCCAUGUUGGCUCAGCAGGAGCAAGAACAGAGAAGAAUGGAGCGAAUUCUGGCUGAAGGACAAAGCCGGAACCAACAGCUCCAGGACCAGCUGGUUCAGCAGCUUGUCCAGACACUGAACAACAGUCUCUGCAAUCGGCUAGACAAAGUUUUGCGUGAAGAAAUGAAGAAGACCGUCCCACAGUCCAUAUCGAAGAGUCUAGAACCUGUGACCAGCCAGAUGAGCUGCACCAUUGCUGCCAAGUUAACCGCAGUGGAAGUAACACUGAAGGAAAAUGUCACCAAAGUUGUUAAAUCCAAGAACACUACGGAUGCCAUCGGUCGUGCUGCUGCUGAGGCCAUGCAGGGCCCCAUCCAGUCAGCCUACAAAGAGACCUUCCAGAGCAUCGUGCUGCCCGUGUUUGAGAGAGGCUGCCAGUCCAUGUUUCAGCAAAUCAAUGACAGCUUCAAACAGGGAACCCACGAGUACAUCCAACAGCUGGAGACACACAUUAAGAACAGGAAACAGCGGGACCAGGAUGCACGGGAUCCUGUGAUUGGCCAGCUGCAACAGAUGAUUGACACGCUCCAGAAUUCUCAAGACCAGCUGGCCACCACUGUGACGGCCAGCGUGUGCUCUGACGUUCAGCAUCAGCUCCACAUGAUCGUGGGAAAUCUGCAGGACUCAAUCCUGACGCAGGUACAGCGCAUAGUGAAGGGAGAGGUGAGUCUGGCCAUGAAGGAGCAGCAGGCAGCUGUCACCUCCAGCAUCAUGCAGGCCAUGCGCUCGGCCGCAGGAACACCUGUACCCUCUGCACAUCUGGACUACCAGGCCCAGCAGGCCAGCAUACUGCAGUUACUACAGCAGGGCCAGCUCAAUGAGGCCUUCCAGCUGGCUUUAUCCGCAGCAGACUUGAAUCUGGUGCUGUAUGUGUGCGAGACCAUUGACUCCCAGCAAGUGUUUGGCCAGCAGCCCUGUCCACUGCAUCAGGCCGUCCUUCUGUCUCUCAUCCAGCAGCUCUCCACCAACCUGAACACACGCACAGAACUCAAGAUCAGCUAUCUUGAAGAUGCUGUAAUGAACCUGGACCAUGGAGAUCCAGUCACCAGAGACCACAUGUCUGCAGUGCUGUCCCAGGUACGACAGAAGCUCUUACACUUCCUGCAGCAGGACGCCCACAGCCCUCUGAGCAAGCGCGCACGGCGCCUCAUGAUGAUGCUGCAGGGCCUGGUCAAUCACUAGAGCCCCUCUGGAUGGUGCAGCUGACAUCUUCACAACCCCUCAGUCAUCGUUCUGCAGUCUCGUAGACGACCGUCAUGACCUCAUACCACCCUGCUGUUCAUUUGCCUUAUCUGUGCUCUGCAGCUUAUUGGCUCUCUCAGAAGCACUAUUGAGAGUUGUAGUCCAGGCUUGGACUUGGGAUAUAUUGGCGGUUUUGGACUACAUCUCCCCCCAUCUUUCCCUCCCUCGUUCCUUUCAGACUAUUGUUGAUAUCAUUUUUCUGCACGUGAAAAAUCCUUAGUUUAUAUGCAGCACCAUCAUGAAUGCAGAACGGGGCAUGGGCUACUUCAGUUAUUUUCAUUAUGCAUUCAAUACCAGGAGACCACUUUUUUUUUUUCUUUUUUUUUUUUUGCUUCUUUCAUUCUUGACACAUCAGGAACAAGACUGUGGAGAGCGUGAGAGAAUGAAAACUAUAACGUGAACACUCCAAAUUUUGGAUGGUUUCCUGGCUGCUCUGCUUUUUUCUCCUUUUAUUUCUUGCGGUGAAACGCCUUUGAACGCUGCAGACAUGGAGACAUCAUCAUCACCGCAUGAAUAUUAGCCCUGUUGGUUUUUGAUAAAGGUUGUAUUUAGGCCACUUAUCCUUAUCUGACUCAACUGAUCUGCUGAAAAUAAUUUGGCCAAGUUGCUGCAUUUUCAUGUCAAGUGAAGCAUCAUACAUGUUCCUGGAGUUUUUGUUAAUGCUGUCAGGAUUUGAAAAGUUCUAACAGUUUAACUUCUGGGCAAUAGCAAAAAAUUUACCCACACAGUUGAUACCAUGUUUUUUCAAUCAACGGAGCCCUGUAAAAUAUGUAAGAGGGCUUAUUACAUUACCAAGGAAAGCUAACAACAUAGUUAUUUAGAAUUUCUUCAAAAGGAACCUUGAGUCUGUAACUUGCAGUACGUCUGUGAGUCUCCAGAGGGCAGGCAUUUAUGUAUAUUCUUUCUAAUUUUAUAUGCUGCUUCUGAUUUAUUUUCAGUUCUUCUGCAGAAUUACACUACAGCGAAUGCAACAAGGCUCUU